AUGAAGGGGCAUGCACCAUCAUCUCCUAGUGCAAAUGCGCCCAAAAACAGAGGUGAGUGUAAUGACAAGAAUUCGCAGAACUUCAAGGAUAGACCAGCCCAAUCCCAAGGUAGUGUGGCACAAGGAGGUAUUUGGGCUCCUGGAUAUGGUAGGUGUGGUAGAAACCACACCGGCAAGUGUCGUGAUGGCCAGUCAGGCUGUUUAAAGUGUACUCAAAAGGGGUACUGCAUGAAAGAGUGUCCUAAGAAUAAGCAGGGAGGUGGAAAUCCAGGAAAUAAAGCCCAAUCUUCAUCAGUUGCCCCACUAGACAUGGCUGCACCUAGAGGAGCCACUUCUGGUACUGGCGGACGGGCAAACUGCUUCUAUGCAAUCACUAGCCCCCAAGAGCAAGAGAACUCCCCAGAUGUUGUUAUGGGUAUGAUCAAAGUAUUUACUUUUGAUGUUUAUGUUUGUUAG